AGUUAAAACGUCAAACACAUAGUACAAGUCCCCGGCUCCGGACAAACAGUGGCAAUUGGCCCUACAUUUUAUAAAAUUUCUAAAAAAAACAGUUUUGGAUCUCAAAAUGUUUAACUAGUAACUUUACAAACAGUUCAAGGGCUGUCUAAAUUAUACAAGUUGCAAAUUUAUCUAAAAGCUUCAAAAAAAUUUCAAAAAAAAAUGUCAGGGCCAAAAGACCUCCCCGCACCAAAAGCAGCACCACAAUUCAAUUUAUUACCAAAAGUCGUCAAUGGCGGCAUAGCCGGCAUUGUGGGCGUGUCCGUGGUAUUCCCCUUGGAUUUAGUGAAGACGCGACUCCAGAACCAGACCAUUGGCCCAAAUGGCGAAAGGCAAUACAAAAAUAUGAUCGAUUGCUUCAGACAAACAUACAGAGCUGAGGGCUACUUUGGUAUGUACCGUGGCUCCGGUGUCAACAUAUUGCUGAUUACGCCAGAAAAGGCCAUUAAGUUGGCUGCCAACGACAUGUUCCGCUUCUACCUCUCUAUGCCAGAUGGAUCAAUUCCUAUCCCCCGACAAAUGCUUGCUGGUGGCUGCGCCGGAGCGUGUCAGAUCAUCAUCACCACGCCGAUGGAACUUCUGAAAAUUCAGAUGCAAGAUGCUGGCAGAGUGGCUGCACAGAUAAAAGCGGCGGGUGGUAAAGAAACAAAGCGAGUAACAGCGUGGGAGCUAACGUCGAAACUGGUUAAAGAGAGGGGUAUUUUCGGCUUGUACAAGGGCAUCACAGCCACGGCCUGCCGAGACGUUUCUUUCAGCGUCGUCUACUUCCCGCUGUUCGCGAUCCUCAGCAAACAGGGACUGCAGAAACCUACAGAUUUGACGCCACCAUUCUGGUGGUCGUUCCUAUCGGGCUGCAUGGCGGGCUCGACGGCAGCGCUGGCUGUCAACCCGAUGGACGUAGUGAAGACUCGCAUGCAGACCCUCACCAAAGGCAGUGGAGAGAGGCAGUACAACUCCAUCAUGGACUGUAUCUCGACUACGUUGAGGUACGAAGGCCCCACAGCGUUCUUCAAGGGAGGAACGUGCCGAAUGAUCGUCAUCGCUCCUCUGUUCGGCAUCGCCCAAACAGUGUACUACCUCGGAGUGGCCGAAUACUUGCUCGGCUACGAACAACAGAGAGCAGUCUAAACAAUUAACUAAAUCAAUUAUCUACAAACGUGUUUACUUUUUUAAAUUAUAUUUAUUGUACUAUGAGCCCUUGUAACUAUGAAUUAUACAAAAUUUACAUCGUU